AUCGGACAGAAUACAUGCAAGUCCAAUACGGCUCGCUCCCGCACCUGUAUAAUAACAUGGCUCGCUCAUGCACCUAUAUAAUAACAUGGAUCGCUCCCGCACCCGAUACGCCCCUCCUCGAACAACUCCACCGACGAACUUUAUCCGGCUCCUUUCGGCUGGCACUUUCGCCCCCGCCCAGACGAAUCAGUUGAGGAAAUUGCCAACAAGAAGUCUUCCGUCUUCGUCAACAGCUGGUUUAUUAAUCGCCUUGGCUGCUCGCGACAAACAAGCGAAUCCCGCCGCCCACCAUCGAACUCUAUUAUAUAUAGCUAUAGGUCUGGCGCGAGAGUUGAUCCAUGUUUUGCCCUACCAUGUCAGCCUGCUCUUACGUGACAACCCAGAUAUCACCAUCCCUUUAAACAACACCUCGAGACACUUCAUGCUGCCAAAGGUAGAGACUGAAGGGGGUCGGCAAUUUGAAGAAUACCUUUUCAAGGGUUCCAUUGAAGGUGUAUUCGCCACUGACAAUGGUCCGCCCCCGACCUCAGAACCCUCAAUGCCUUUGAGCGAUAUUAAGAGCCUGCGCCCAACGGUUUCUUUAGAGGAGUACAAGUAUAUCGGAAAUGAACGGUCUUUUGACUACAUUGGUAUUCGGAGGCCAUCGACGAAUGAGGGAGCGCUGUUCCAGGUGAAAAAUUCUUGGUUAAACUCCCUCGUUCAAUCCUUCGAUCAGGGAUCUCUCGACAUAAUUGUCUUCCCUCCUGAAAUCGAUCCUGAUCUUUUGGACAAAGUCUGUUCACUCUCUCGUUUCGCACACAAUAUUUUAGACUUCGUGACAUUGUCGGAUGUCCGGGCUUGCACGUAGUAUAAAGUUUAUACCUAAGAUUUGUACAUACUAGCUAUGCGCAGAAUGGUUGUAUAUGUGAUUAUUUAGAUAAUGCCCACGGAGCAUGAAAACACGCACACUCACUGUCGAAACAAAUUCUCUCCCCCUCCCCCAAACCGCCUCUUAACAGAUAACCGAUAAGAAGGUUUAGGAAGGAUAGAAGGUUGCGCCUGGCUUGGCUCUCACUUGUGGCUAAACAACCCAAGUUGAUUCCAUGUCCAUGAGGCGAAAUAGUUCUAUAACUGUCCCGAAGAAGAUGUUUGCUCCCUCUAUAUGUAUAUAAUUGUCCACGAGGAAGUUUCCUCGCUGUCUUCCACCCAACCGUGGGAGAGAGAUCGGAG